GCGUCGCCUUGCUCUUCGCCAGCGGGGCUGGGCGGAGCCUGCAGGCUCCAGAUGGCUCAGCUCGGGUUCCCUAGCGGCUUUGGGGGACUGGGGAAGUGAAACUUUCAGGGCCGGGCCAGAACCCAGCUCGUGACCCUGCACCCCGCUCACAGAUUCCUCGACCCCUCUCUCUAGCCCCAUGGGCGCGUUGAGCCUGCUGCUUCUGGCCUCGCUGCUGUGGGUCCCCUCAGGGAGCCUCUCCUGCUAUGGGGACUCGGGGCAGCCGGUGGACUGGUUCGUGAUCUACAAGCUACCGGCCCAAAGCCGGUCUCAGGAUGCUGAGUUGAGUGGACUAAGGUACAAGUACUUGGACGGAGGAUCAGGGGGCUGGCGCGACGGCGUGGGCUCCAUCGGCAGCUCGGCGGGGGCCCUGGGCCGAAGCCUGCAGCCCCUGUACAAGACCAACGCCAGCCAGCUGGCCUAUCUGCUCUACAAUGACCAGCCGCCAAAAGAAAGUGGGGUUCAGGAGUCUUCCAGCCGAGGGCACACGAAGGGUGUGCUGCUCCUGGACCAAGAUGCGGGCUUCUGGCUGGUCCACAGCGUCCCCCGAUUCCCCCCACCUGCCUCUUCGGCUGCGUACAGGUGGCCUCAGAAUGCUCAGAGGUUUGGGCAGACGCUAAUCUGUGUUUCCUUCCCCUUGGCUCAAUUUCAGCAGAUCGGGAAACAGCUCACCUAUACUUUCCCUCUGGUGUAUGACCACCGCUUGGAGGGAGGCUUCGAGGAGAAAUUCCGUGAACUGGAAGAUGUGAUCCAGGGUUACCAUGUCCUUCGCAGGCCCUGGAAUAGCAGCGUGACUCUCACCUCCCUGGCAGGGGCCACCUUCCAGAGCUUUGCCAAGUUUCGAAACUUUGCAGAUGACCUGUAUUCCGGCUGGCUGGCAGCUGCCUUGGGCACCAACCUGUAUGUCCAGUUUUGGCCCAACUCUCGCAGGACCUUGUCCUCUAACUGCUCCGGGCCCUACCAGGUGCUGGAUGUGACUCAGACGGCCUUCCCGGGACCGGCCGGGCCACACUUCAACGCCACCGAGGACCAUUCCAAGUGGUGUGUGGCCCCAGCCGGGCCCUGGGCCUGCGUAGGCGACAUGAACCGGAAUCGCCAAGAGGAGAGUCGGGGUGGGGGCACCCUGUGUACCCAGCUGCCCGCCCUCUGGAAGGCUUUCCGGCCGCUGGUGAAGGCCUGGCUGCCCUGUAAGGAGGGGGUGCCCUUUCCACCAGGACCCUGGCUGAGCCCAGAGGACCCUGCUUCUGAUUCUGUGCCUGAGACUUCCCUGUGACUCAUCUGUCAACUGCGUCUCCCCACACCAGAUGCGAGCGGUUGGGUAUCUUGUGGCCCAGGAAGGGGCACAGUGGGGAAAGCAUUGGACUUGCUCAAAGUCUCUCUCUUGCCUCUCCUGUUAAUAAAUAACAUCUGGGGGGCGGGCGGUAGCGCAGAGGGUUAAGCGCCUGUGGCCCAAAGCACAAGGACCGGCAUAAGGAUCCCCAGUUCGAGCCCCUGGCUCCCCACCUGCAGGAGAGUCGCUUUGCAAGCGGUGAAGCAGGUCUGCAGGUGUCUGUCUUUCUCUCCCCCCCCCCCGUCUUCCCCUCCUCUCUCCAUUUCUCUCUGUCCUAUCCAAUGACGACAACAACAAUAACUACAACAAUAAAAAAUGGAAGGCAACGAAAGGAAAUAAAUAAAUAAAAUUUAAAAAUAAAAUUUC